CACUGGCCGCGGCGCUCGCGGAGGCUGAACGGGUGGAAAACAUCUUCCACACAACGGAGUCGAGGCAUUGCGUACGCCAGACAUCGAUGGAGGAAGACGGGGAGGAGUUUGAGACGACGCGACAGACCACAGCACAGCCCACGCGAGUGGAAGAGGCCGGCCAGCGGAGACGGAUCGAAGCCGGUCAGCGACCACCAUGGACUGACGUAUCAGCACUCGACUCAGAGACCAAAGCGAUUUAUUCACAGUGGCCGGGAGUAGCACGUCAAGGACUGCUGUAUAGACACUGGCGAGCUCCCAAUAGACAAUCUGACAUUUUCCAGUUGCUGGUUCCUGCUGGAUUACGAGCCUGUGUACUGGAACAUGUACACGGGGCAGUGAGGGUGGCUCAUUUCGGCAUUGCAAAGAGUCCAUAGCUAUAACCAUAGCCAUGUCAGUGUGACAUGUACUUUUCCAGUGAAUGUCAGUCUGACUGACAGAAGAUGCUCACGAAGUUCCUCGAACAUUGCAGGCCCAACUGCAGUCAGACCUGCUUUCCUCGCCAUAAUAGGUCGAUUUGAUUGGCUAAUCAGUCAGAUGUCAAUCAACCCGAAUCCAAACAUAUGAUUUCUAAUGGUUGCUUAGGUACCGAAAACGCAGUGACUCCUUGUGAAGGCCUGAUGCGGGCCUUAACAAGGGAAGACAUGCGAUUGGAUAAAAAUGUAUCGCACGCCCUCGAUACAUUUUCUGUCAAUCUGUCAAUCAAAUAUAGCGGACAGCGGUAGGAUAUGAUAGUAGUCUAGUCAAGAACGAUCGGGAAGGAGAAGAAGCGAAUAAUAAACGUGGAGUGUUGGCAGCUGCCCUAUUUCUCCCUCGCUUUGUAAAUCAGCCAGGCUACUGACCCCAGCAUGUCAACAGACAUGGAACCCACUAUUGUAACAUGUGAUGCUAUGGACACUGAGACAACAACAGCAGAUGUUACAGAAAGCAAGACUGGUCUCAGGAAAGAAAAGAAAAAUGAGAAGACAGAUGGGUACUUGUUGGCCAGGUUCCAAGGAGAUGGUGUGAGAUACAAAGCUAAACUGAUUGGUGUGGAUGAUGUUCCAGAACCUAGAGGGGAUAAAAUGAGUCAGGACUCAAUGAUGAAGCUUAAGGGAAUGGCAAUUGCUGCUCGGUCCCAGGGCAAACACAAACAGAGGAUCUGGGUGAAGAUCUCCCUUACAGGAAUUAAAAUAAUUGAUGAGAAAACUGGGGUGAUUGAGCAUGAACAUGCAGUGAACAAGAUCUCCUUCAUUGCCAGAGAUGUUACAGACAACCGUGCUUUUGGUUAUGUGUAUGGUGCUGAAGGACAACACCAAUUUUUUGCCAUUAAAACAGCUCAGGUGGCAGAACCGGUAGUAAUUGACCUAAAGGACCUGUUCCAGUUAAUCUUCAACAUGAAAACUAAGGAAUCCCUGGCUCCAGAGCAUAAUGGUGGUGAUGCCUUGCUCUGUCUUGAGGAUGAAGUGACCAUUGUGAAAUCUCCUGCAAAUGACCACUUGGGAACUGACUUGUUCACACCUGAGGAGAAGAACAAUAUCUCCCCAACCCAGGUGGACUCCUCGAUUCCAGCCAACCUUUUUGAAACCACCGAUGCUACCAGUCCUUUCGGUACAACGUCCCUGGGUCCCCAACUUACAGUUCCUGAAAUCGCCCCUCAUAUGUGGCCACAGACAAGUCCCUCUAUGUUGCCUCUCCAGGGUGGUGUGAUCUCUCCACAAUCCACCACUGCCUUUGGUGGUCCAUCCAUUCCUUGGGGGAAUCAUGGAUCAUCCCUCUUUGGAGCUCCAGCUGGACCACAGUCCUGGAGCCAGACUAAUCCCACAGGGUCAGUAGGUGUCUGGCCUCCGUCUGCUCCCAUAGGCAAUCACUUUCAACAAAGUCCCUUGCCAGGCAUAGGUGUCAUGAUAGGAGGGCAACAGCCAAUCUCCAUGUCCCCAGUACGUUUACCUCCAAAGCCACCGAUUAAAGAGGAACCUCCAGUGAUAAAGAAUGCCUUCAUGACCCUGGAUCCUUUGGGUGAGAAAGAAAAAAAGACAGGAAAAGACAUGUUCAAGGAUUUCCAGAUGGUUAAGCCUCCUCCCACCUCAAUAGGGAAAGCUGAGCCAGCUUCCACCCCUAAGCUCAGUCCCAAUAGAGAUGAAGCAUUUGCUCAGUACUUCACCAACAGAGUAGGUCUGCCUCAAGACGUGGCAGACCAUGAUGACUUUGACAUCAAUCAGAUCUCAUCCAACAUCAAUGAAAAAAACAAAAUAGCUCAUCAGCCAGUAAGUGCUGUAUCCUCCACCACGGCUCCUGUUUCAGCCACUGGAGUUGUAGAAGUGGCAUUCACUCCAGACUGCAACCCGGUUUCAACUUCAGCAUUAGAUCAGUUUAACAAUGCCUUUGGUACUGAUCCUUUUGGUGUAUCAUUUGAGAGCACUCCUGUCACCCAAACAUCAGAUAAGCCAAACCCUUUUGAGGACCCACUGGGAGAUUUCUUCAGCUGAGAAGCUUCAGUCUAAUGAUGUAAUUUUAUUCUUGAUGAGAGGUGUGGAUUGAAAAUGGACAUCAGAUCAACAACCCCAUCUCUGCCUUGGAUGUGUUAUUCAAUAUGUUAAAUGUGUAUACUAACACACACAGCUGAUUAUAUAAUAAAAGAGCGUCUUUGAUUUAGCCUACAAUCCUUAUGGAGAUGAAAGAUUUUGUACCCAGUAAAUGGAAAAAUGGAAACUUAUACUGUGUGUUCCAAAUUAGUUUUUUGUUUUCAGUAAUGUAAAGAGAAGAUUCUUAUUCAAAAUAUUAGUAAUUAUAAUGUCAUGUGUUUAUUUUAUUGAGCUACUUCUCUCAGCUGACAUAAUACUAAAAAAUGUUGUCUAUACUUACAUCACUUCUUAUUUCUUAUGUGAAGAUGUCUAUAUUAGCACAUACUAUAUUGUCACAUAAUCAUUACAUAAUCAUCACAUAAUCUUCAAACUCUACAAACUACAAAACUGUUCAAUAAAAACUAUUAUUGAUACAUA